AUGCAAUUUCGAAAACAGCCGCAAAGUAUGCAAUGGAAAAUUGCAUUUCUAAUUAUCGCAUUAGUCAGCGACGUGUCUUGCAUAAGAAAUGGCGGCGGCGGCGGCGGUGCCAUUUCCGCCAAGCUUAAAAACUUCUUCCCCUCAGAGCAAUUGAAUGACGUGAAUGAAGCUGAAUCGCCCCAAACGGCCGGACGACAGUCUAGCUCUUCCGGCAUUGGGUUUAGACCCUCGCAAAUGCUGGAGUUCACUCCGGCAGAUGCUCAGCAAGCGGGCCUGAAGCGUUAUCCGCCCAGCUACCUAGAGCCUAACUAUAAAUAUCAAGUGCCCAGUUCGCUUGCCUCACAGCCAGCUGCGAUGGACAAGCAGUUUGCGUUCCCGGAAGACGACAAGCCACAAUAUCACAGCUAUUCGAGCUUCCCUAGCAGCACAGCCUUACCAACAACGCCGGUGGUCAGCUAUCUGGAUCCGUAUACGCAGCAAAACUAUCGCUAUACGCCCACACCGCCGCCCUUCAUUCAGUACCAGCGAGAGCAACCGGAGCAGCAGGGCGAUCAAGCCUAUACGGUGCAAUCAUCUCUACUAGUUGGCAAUCACGCGCCGCAUCAGCAGCGGCCUGGCAUUGUCGAGGAUGUCUACCUCAAGCGACCGGGCUAUGUCUUCGACGAACAUCCAUUGAGCUCAUCUACAUCGGCGAUCUAUCGUCGCCCCACAGCAGCGCCACCAGCACGAGCAACGGCAGCCUCUGCGAAUAAAAUUUCAUACGAUUCGCAUGAUUACCCCCCACCUAGCUAUGCCGCACAACAAACUUCCAAUUUUGUGCCGCAGCGUCCUAAAAAGCCCCCCACCCCACCGCCUUACACAGCACAGCCGCAGCAUCGGCCGCCUUACAACCGUCAAGACGUCAAUGACAACAGACCAUUAGCAGGCUCAUCGAUAUACGAAGGCGCUUAUGCGCCACUCUCGCCAUCUACAUCGUCGUCAUCGUCGUCUAAUUAUGCAAACAACUUUGGUAAUUAUUUGCAGCGACCACCAACGAGGGGCGGACCACCAUCCAGCCCAUCGCACUAUCAAUACGAGCCGCUUGCACGGCCGCCAUAUCAACAGCAAUACCAACAACAACAGCAGAAACCGGCACACAAUUACUACGAGUAUCAAAUUGGUGAGAUACCGCCCCAGCCCCAGACCCAGCACCAGAACCAGCUGCACCACCCACAGCAUCAACAGCAGCAGUUGAACUAUCGUCCUGGCCCAGCCCCUGGCUAUCGGCCACCCUAUCACCCAUCCACACAAUCAACAGGGGAGUCGGCCGGUGGCGGCCUAGCUACUUUGGCCUCCUUGUUCACUUCCACACAACAAUAUGCGCCGCAAUUUACGAAUCUGCUGUUGGGCGGCGGGGCGUCUCCCUCGUCCACCUCCUCAAAUAGUCCAUUAGGCAGCCUCUUAGGCGCUUUCACCGGUGCACAGAGCUCCAGCAACCAAUAUCAACCAACAACACGCCCGCCCAACACACAACUCAUUAGGGCGCUGGAGAACAUCGCACGCAACGACGAUUUGCAAUGUGUGCCGAAGGUGCUCUGCCAAAUGAUUGCCGGUCAAACAUUACGUGGCCAAUUGCCAGGCUUCAUUACAUCGCCGGCCAUAACCAAUUUUCUGGCCGGAUUUCCCGCUGCUUCCCCAGCUCUUAUCUACGGACGAGCAGCGUUAUUAGGAAUCAGUGGCGGCGAACGCAGUUGCAUUCAAACCUAUGCCAAGUGCCCAAAGAAUGAGAUGGAGAUAAUACACUAUCUAAAUAAUCAUCGCGGCGGCUUUUUCAAGUUCUUCAGCGAACCGGAAGAACAACCAGCGGUCUCCCAACAAAGCGAGGGCGGGGGCAGCUCAUUCCUCAGCAUACUCUCCGCACUGACAGGUGGCGGUGGCGGUCAGGUGUCGCACACCACACCGCGACCACCACCUCGGCCCACACAAGCACCCAGCACGGACAUAGCCAAUGGCAUAGGCAGCUUCUUUACGCGCAUACUGUCCGAGUAUUUGAGUGGCGUGGAGUAUCAGAGACGCAGACGCCGAAGGAGUCUGCAGGCAACGGAAAUUAAACGCAGCUUUGAGCCGGAUGGGGCCAACUUGAUGUCUGAUGACUUCCACGAUGAAGAGGACGAUUUGGAUACACAAACGAACGUUAAGUUUCAAGAUGACGAGGAAGCGGAGGCUGCCUUGGCCCACACAGAACUGAUAGGUGUGCUGCAGUUUCCCGAGGAGGAUGGAGAGGAACGCAUUUUGCAUUUCAAAGACAUUGCCAGCGAGCAGCAUAAUGGUGCCGAUCACAAUGCAGCUGUACGCUUUCCGAGUGAAGCGGGUGAAGCGGCUGAAGCGCAAAAUGACAGUGAGGCUAUCUUUGAGUUCAAUCGCGAGGCAGCACAGCGAAAAUUACGAUUUCCCAGCGAGCAGAGUGAACCGGAACGCCAAGGAAAGCGAUUGGAUUAUGCCGAAGGGUGGCGUGUUGUUUUGCCGAAUGAGCUCGGCGCGGCAGACUAUGGCGAGAAUAAGCGUCGCGGCAAGCGCAUUGUGUUCAAAGACACUAAUGAGGAGCAUGAUGAGUAUCCGGAUAAUGAGGAGAAGCUGAGGGAGGAGCAGCAGCACGUUCCACUUAAUGCGGUGUAUCAGGAAGCUGCGCCCCCACAACGUGGUGCCAGAGUCAUCUUUCCUGAUCACUACGAACGUUAUAUCCGGCGCGGCAAGAUACUUCAUAGGCCCACCUAUGCCCCUAGCUAUGACUAUAAAGAAGAUCGAUUGGUCGUUAGUGAUGCACACAGGCCCGAAGGUGCCGGUGCGUACUAUCGACUAGAAACAAAUGAUGCGCAUUAUCAAACCAAUAGCCACAGUCAGAGUUUCAUGAACUAUGGCGAGUAUUUGCCCGAAGGUAAUAAAGUACGUUUUGGGGAGCAGCCCAACUAUAACGCACACUACAACUAUCCCAAUACGAACUACAUAAGCGAUAAUCGCUAUAGUAGUGCCUACCAAAUACCAUCUACGAGACAACCCAAGCACGAGGAUGACAAAAACAUCUAUGUAACCAAUGCCCAUGGCAUUACAGAGUAUUAUAUAAAGCCGGAUGGAAGCAAAGUCUAUCUGGGCAGUGGGUGA